UGAUGGUUGUUUUUUUUUCGGUUUCUUAACAGAAAUCAUUUUCUUCUUCCACCUCGACAGAGCUGUUUGUGUCUAUAUUUUUCUUUGAACAUUUGACUAUGAUUAAAGUUGCAGUCGUUCUUUGACCAGCGGCUUUGAUAGCCAUACUUAAAAGAAAUUGUGUUUUGUGCGUGAUUUGAUUGACUUAAUUUUGUUUCGUUUUUUUCCCCUCAAUGGUUAUAUAUACAAGCAUCGCGGUGUGCUUUUGUUGUGUAAAAAAUUUUGCUAGAAUUUUCAAAUGACAUUUUUUUUGCUGUAACUUUUCUUUAAUGUAAUUAAACAUAAAAAUGAAAUGCUGGGGUAUGGUAUUAUGUUAGACCAUCAUCAUCAGCAUAAGUAUGUGGAACAGAUUUCGUGUGAAUUUUUAAUUAUAUACAAUGCAUAAUCUGCAAACCGAUGCAAUUGUGGUUGCACAUGAACACUAAAAAUUAAAAAAAAGAGAAAAGAAAACACUGAAACAGAACCUAAUACAUAUAGCUGAAGGCGCAUUGUACGUCUUGUAAUGUACCUUGUAAUUAUGUUAAUAUGGGAAAAUUGUGACAAAAUGAUGAAAAAAAAAGAAGUUCUGAUGAGUGCUAUAUAAUGUAACAGAAGAAACGGUUAAAAAUGGAUUUUCUGAUUUAGACUACGAGCAGCGCUCGAAUGAAUUUAUUACACAAGAAAAGUGAAUAAGACGUGAAUUUUAGAGGUAAAAAACAUUGUUUACCACGAGUGAAUAAUUACAGAAUAACAACUUCGAUGGCUUUUUGUCUAUAAAUUAAUUAUGUCGUCAUAAUAUGGUGCAAUAUCAGCAGAAAAAAGGAGAAAGUAAAGAAUUUUCAACAAACGUCUUCCACGCUUCCGGCUCGUAUAAUUCUAUAGUUGGGAUUAAAUACGUAUGCUUAACAUGGAAAAUCGAGAUAAUUGAAAAUAUGGCCUAACAUCAACACUAUAAAUCUAUUGGCGCACAAUCGGAAAUACCAAAACAGAAUGUCAUUUUUGUGUGGCAUACGAUGGAUGAAACAAAAAUUUGUAUCAUCAUCGCCACUGACAGUAAUUGCAUUUAUGUUAAUCUUAAAGCUAACGACAAACAGUGACAAUGGAAUUAUUGGCUGUGAUGCAGCACCAUCAUCUGCAUCAUUGGUGUCAUCGGAUGCUCCAAGUGUGCUUGAAAUGGCACUCAAACGUGUUGCUGAUACACAUCGAGUGGUCAACUUAACACGUCAACAUGGAGGAGAUGUAUUUAGUGCUAAUGUGGAUUUUUUACAAUGCGAGACGGACACGUGCGUUGGAUUGUCAAGUGGUACUGCUGGGCUUUACAAGACUGAGAUCAAAGAUAAUGACAUUAAAAAGCAUGAAUCGAAUAUGGACGGUUGCCGGUGUCAGUGCUUGCCGCAUUUGACAACAUUUCGAGAAGAUCUUAACAUUUGCGUCGACGAUAUUCACGAAUGUACAUUAGCUCCAUUCGUAAGCGGUUCGUCAUCGGAGAGAAUACCUUUUGUAUUCUUACCACUACACAGUCAGAUCAUUCAUCCCAGCAAGGAGAUUAGUUUUCAAGGAGUCAAAGCACCCAUCUGCGCUGUAUCCAGUUCACAAUAUCUCACCACAACUGGUUGGAGUGAAUUACGAAAUCCUAUCGACACAGACGUGCCGUUCCGUUUAUUUCGCGAUGAAGGAAGAACAUUUCUACAAUGGUUAGGUGAUUCAGAUUUACGGCAUCGAAUGCAAGGGCGACUAAUCUUGGUUCAUUUAAUGUGCCGCGAUAUGGCGCCAUUUCAAGCAGAGAAUGUCGAUGAAGACAAGGCAACAGGUCAGCCUACAUUAAAUGGAAUGAUUGCAAAUCAGAAUAUCUUUUCGCCUUGUGUGGCCUUUCGAGUGGUUGGUACACCGGUGAAACACAUUAAUAACGUCACUGAGGUGUCUUUUCAACUAGAAACAAAUGUUAGCUCAGUGAUUUCAUCCGAUGGACUGAGUACCAGAGAAUACGUAGUUAUAAGUGCGUGUACUGUGCUGCUGGGACUGAUCUACGUAGCGUCAGUGUUCCUUUACCUUCAUGUAAAGAAGCGUAAGUCUCGUCACUCAUCCGAAAACAAUUCAUCAGCCAAUACAACGAUGAAAAACGACCAGGUCACAUUCGGGCCUGGGUACAAACGUAAUGAUAGCAUUACUGGAUUCGGAACGAAUAGAUCUGGUUUGGAUAAUGAUAGAGCUAGUGGACGGAAAUCGAAUGGGCAUAGAGGCAUUCCUGACAGUAUAAAUGGUGAAGAAAUCGGAAUUGUUAAAAAUAAUCCGUUGCUUCGGCAUUAUCCAAGUUUAAGUGACAAUUCUGGCUUUACCAGCGAUUUAUCGAAUUCUAAUUCGGAGUGUGACGACGACCGAAUGAUCGACGCUAAUUUCAUCAAAAAUGUAAGUGGUUUAAUUGGUGCAUUUUUGCAUACUAGUUCUAAGUCAUGUGUAAAUGUUCAGAUGCACUCAUCGAUCAUGAUUCACCAAUCGAAAGAAGCAAGAUACGGCGUCGAAGGUUCUGGUUCGAAUCCCGGACAAGAGACAGAGUGUUUGCCUGAAGAAAAUGUGUCCAUAGUGGAGGACCUCACAUCCGACGAUAAACUGGAAAAUAUGAAGGCGAUCGUUAAUGGCACCAUGAGACGAAAAUUGUACUUCAAUCCAGCAUACUUCGAACCACAUCUGUUAAUGUCUCCUCCUGCGGCUGCUGUUGAAUUUUUAACGAAAAUUCGUGAAGUUAUUACAAUUGCAAAAUAUAAAAUGGCAACAAAGCGAUAUCAACCUUCGCUGAUAGUAAUACCCGAAGAGAAUGUGGCUAAUGGAUCUGAAACGUAUGCUAAUCGUAAUGCAUUGCUGAGUCGUCGCAGCAGUGUAAUCAGUUCGAAUACUGAACAAACACGCAACACAUCUUGUGCCGGUUGCCCAGGCUGUGACGAAGAGGCUAAGAAAUCGAAAGCGAGCAACAAAGGUUCAAAUUGUAGAAAUUGCGGAGACAAACGGAAUAGUAUACGUAAGUGGUUAGAAGAUGUGUCCAUGCAUGAAGGUGAUCGAAUUACUGAAAUUCAGAAUGAGCAUAACAUUCUUGAUAAAGGUGUGGGUAAGGAACGAUUGUACGAAUGCAACAAAGAGCGUGCAUCAUCUGAAGUUUCAGUUCAUAGUAAAUUAUCGAAAAAAUCUCACAACGAUAGCUCAUCUAGUUCUGAUAGUGAUACGAUCAAGGCCAAUAGCAUAAAUAGUAGAAAUUCAUCGAAACGCAAAGCGCCUCCGAUUCCUGCCAAUCCUCCAAAGGUCAUAUCUCACUUCCUGAAACCAGAUAAAAUCAAACAGAAUAAUUUUAAUCCCAUUGUGACUGACCUUAACGUCUACGACUACGAAAAGUCGGAUCAGACGAACAGCAAUUUACUUGCUAAGAAUUCCAUGAAUGCCAUUUUACACUCCAGUAAAAUCUAUGACAAGUCUGAAUUGUACAGUAGUCUCUCAAUCGGCAGCGAAUUGUACAAUAAUCCACAGUUUACACUAAAUUCUCCGCAAUUAUCACAACGGAGUCGUUGCAGUCAACGCUCCAGCUCCAAAUCACAUCGUCCAUCAUCUCGUUCACGCACAGAGGUACUCGAUCAAUUCUCGAAUCCGCAACAAAUUCGUCACUAUGAGGCUAUGAAAAAGCUACAACAAAUGCCAGAUAUGGUUUACGAGGCCAUGGCGAACGACUUCAACAAGAGGAAAAAUCAUUACGGAAUGAUUAAUGUGCCAACACCAGACUAUGAUGAAACGUUGAAAAAAUGGAAACCGAAACAUGAACUGCCAUAUGUCGAUGUUCCCACACCGGACUACAACACAUAUGGCCGAUCAAAAAAGAUUCAUCCACCCGAUUCACCAAUUUACUCAAGAAAAUCUCCGCAGCAUUUAAUCGUCGACUAUGAAACAGACAGUUUGGAGAGGUCUACAACGAAGAUCGGACGUUCCAGCAUCUCACCGCCAUCAAACAAUAGUGAUUUAAGUUCCCAGCCAAGUCCCUCCUUAAGCGUUGCGUUGCCAUUAGAAGAGGAAGUCGAAGUAAGGAACACUGUCUAUGACCGUGUCGAAGGUUCGCGACAAGAUGGCGAUGAAUUGGUAAAACCACCGAAAUUACCUCCGAAAAAGCAGAACGAUUACAAUGUCAUGCCCGCCAAAAAGCCAAUUAACGUAUCGGAGGCAUACUUAUUGUCCAAUCUUCCAGUGGAGCCUCGUAUAAAGUACGAUACACCUCACCAAGGUAGUAUGACCAUUGAAGUCGAACAUAAUCCAACUGAUUGUGAAAGUUCCACAGACAGUGAACAAUUCGAGCAAGACACUUUAGACCGCAAACCUCGGAAGGUAAGUACGGCCAACAAGGAAGUACCUACAAAAACAAAUGGCUGGCCACAACAUCUGAAAAAAUCCGAAAACUUUCUCAAUCAAUCAGACGACACUGUCAACUAUUCGUCACUUGAAAAUAUGACAUCGUUACCGGAUAUGAAGUCCUUGCAAAACAAAAUCAAUACGCAAUUGGUUCUGCGGUCAAACGGAUCGUUUAAGAGCACCCACACUCAGAGGGACCUAGCUGACUCAAAAUCUGAUCCGAAUAAAACACACUUGCAGCGGAAUUUGAACAGCCUGCGCCAAAUCUACGAGUCAAAAAUCAUACAAAAGAACAGUUCUGCGCCGGGCAGUAAUGUUCCAGCUAAAAAACCAAUUGAUAAUGCGGAGAUAGGACGGCUGUUGACUCUUGAGGCGCGACAUUCGAAACGACAACGCAAAACAAAUCCACUUCAACCAACGCUGAAGAAAGCAAUGCCACCAGACCUGAUUCCAUUCAGUAACAAUCUCUACGACAGUCCUAAAUCACCUGUUCCCGUUGACGGUCUAAUUAUUCAAAAAAACUUAUCGGGGUGGAACACUGAUGACACAAACCGAAGCGAUUAUACAGACGCUUUUGAGUCAACAAGCAGUGAAUCAACUGAAAUCACCGGUGUUUCAGAUACCCAAGCCAAUUCGGAGUUUGAAUCAGAAAAAUGUAGUUCAAAGACACCGAAACCUUAUUCACAAGUGAGUAAAUUGUCUAAGUUUCACAUCAACAAUGACAUACAGAAGAAUGGUAUCAAAGAACUUUCUGAAUAUGCGGACGACUCUGGAACAUUUACCGGAAAAUUAUCGAAUGAGGAUCCAUCGUCGGAGACAAGUACUCUGAAAUCAGGAAGCACAAAUUUUAAUUUUUCUCGUAAUGAAGCCACGCAUAGCGAUACGGACAAAAUCGAAAUUUUAUCUUCCAAAUCUUUGUCCAUACAUAAUGUGCCAAUACAAAACCAUGCCAGUAAUAUAAUGAACGAUUUGACGAAACACAGUAACUUUGAUAUGAUGGCAGCUAGAACAAUGCCAACAAAAAUAUUCCGUGUGGAUGUAAAUCCGUCCAGCCACGGGAUGCAAAUUGCAUUAGGCUUGAAAGAUCGUGCCAAGAAAUCAAAAGACUUGAAAAAUGCUUGGAAGAAAUUUGUGUCAAAAUUCCAGUCUGGUUCAUCGAACAAAUUGGAUAAGAAAUCCGACUACGAAGGUUUGGAGCGAGCUUCAGCAUUGUCAGACGAUGGCAUAUCGUCGAUGCCCGACGAAAGUAUAACAGUCUCGGAUGAAAUGAGUAAGGACGAAAGCGGGGCAUCACGACCGGAGUCGGCCACAUCGAACGGAAACAAGAGUAAAACAAAAUCAGAUUUCGACGGCGGUUACUUAAGUGCUGAUUCAAGUGAGUCACGUCACAAUAAGAAAUUGUACGAAAGAUUUAACUUUAAAUCCGUAAAAGCGAAUGUUGAGUCCAACACAACGGACAAUGACUUUGCGCAGAAAAAUGUAAAUCGAAUGCAGGAAAUCAAAGAAACUACCGAAUCGGAAAAGUCGUUCAGUCAGACACAAUCACCUGUUAAUUCGCUGAAUAAGAAACCCAGCAUAACCGGCUUCAUUCCAAAAUCUCUGUUCAACGCUAUGCAUCAGGAUGCAAUUCAAGUAAAUGUUUAUUCGUCAGACGAUGAACGAUAUAGCAGUUGUGGAUCAACCGAAUCGGACGAAGAAUAUAAUUUGGAAGAUAUGUGCGAAUCUGGGGCGGAGAGUAUUGAAACGAAUUCGGUAUUUUUCAAAAAUGUGCGUAAGAAUCGCGGGAAAGAUGAACUAAAGUGAUUCGAGCUGUUAAAGGUGCGUAUUAUUUGAAAGGAUGUAACCUGUACAAAUGAAAAAAAAAGUUUUUUUUUGUUUUUCAUCAAGUUCAUAUGCGGGUUCGGUUAAUUGGCAUAAAUUUAGAAAAAUUUAGAGCAACUUUUUCCUUCGAAUCGAUAUAAUGUUAAAACAAUGUAAAAAUGUUAAAAGGAAUCGGCUUUCACUAAGCUUUUAUUGUAGUAUUUUGAUCGCUCUGGCGUCAGACCCAGGCUUGUUAUCACAGGACACAUUUCGCGGAGAUGCUGAGUUGUGUCGAAAUACUCUGACUGUUAGUUAGGAUACUCCAAAAUUAAUUGUUUCAGUUAGGUCGACGCAGAUCUUCAAUUAGGGUCGCUUUCGACUCAACUGCAUUAAAUUUUAAUUAAAAAUUUAGUUAAUCGACAGAUAAUUUGCGCAAUUUUCAUUUAUACUACUUCGAUACUGAUGUACAACAGUUGAAAGAAGAGGAACUGUGGCAAUUCUCAUUCUCGUACAUUAUUUCGUAGAAUUAUCGACACAAUCUGAACUAAUUUUGAAGAAAGAAAGUGAUUUGCUUCUAGCUUCUCGCUUAAUUUUAAAAUGACUCAUCUAAAUAACUAGUUUUAUAAGGGAAUAAUUGAGAGUACACUGUACAGUGGGUUUUUUUUUAGUUCGGAACAUGUUUGAGAUUUAUCAGAGUUUUAAAAGUCAUCAAUGUUUCCAGUCAAAUAAGUGCUUCCCAAUCUAUGUUAUUUUAACACAAAGUUUGAAAAUCCCUUAACGAAUUCAAAUUUCACGGAAAAUAUCAUAGACUGGGAAGUACUUAAUCGACUGGGAACAUCGAUGACCUUUAAAACUCUGACAAAUCUAAAAUUGUGUUUUCUAAAGAUGAUCACGCUGUAGAACCUAAUUUUAAAAUUUGAUAUUGACGGUAAAAUAAGGUUUAGAAAAAUAAUUUUAGUUUAUAGCUAAUGUUCACUCGAAGCAAUAGGUUGUAAAAAUGUGCAAUAAAUGGUCGAACUGUGUGCAAUAUAUUUUCAAUUAAAUCAUUUUUUUCAUAAUUUAUUUUUGCUAAUUUUAUCCAAUUGCAAUCUUAGUUCGUAGUCAGAUUGUUUAGUGAUGUAGGAUUGUUUUAAGGAAAACCAAUUUUUUUUAUAAAUAAUUUUUUAUUACGAAAAUUGUGAUACAGGCCGAAUGUGCAAUAUUUGUGGCUUUUUAGUUAAAUUAAUUAAUUCUGAAAGUCUAUUAAAGUUAAGAAGAAAAUAAAUUUUGUGAAUAUUGUAUAUUGUAUAUCAUGUGUAUAAACGUAGACGUAAAGUAUUAUAAAAUAGGGAAAAUAUAUAGCUUAACACAGCUAUAAUCCAAAAUACAGAUUUUAAUUGUAAAUUUAAGAUGCUUAAAAUUGUAAAUAAUUCAGAAAUGGAAAAUUUCUUUUCGGUUUAUGUAACAGUCUGUCGAUUAAUGUACAUUACCAAUGAGAUAAACAAUGAAAAUUGUAGUUGUUUUGUGAAAUUUACUGAUACGAGGCGAAGCCAAGGUCCGUGAAGACACAAGAAGCCACUGCCAUCAUUUGUCCAUUGGCAAGUACUGUAUUUUACUCAAAAACCUGAUGUGAAGUUUACUUUUACCUCAGGUUAUUGAUAUUGAGGGCUUCGACGAAAACGAAGUUUUAAUUUUUAACAUUCUUUGAAAUUAAUGCGCAACUUCGCGUUGAUAGAUGUAUAUAAUUAACUAACUGUAGUAAAAAAAACAUUGACAGUUAUGGUUUAAAGAUGAUGGAGGCAAAUAUUAGUUAGCAAAUUUAGUUGUAGGUCCCAAAUCAUAUUUUUCUAGUACAGUUGUACCUUUCGGCAAUCUAAAUUAUUAUUAAUCUAAAUUGGAUGUUUCAAGAUUUUUUAUUAUCUAGACGAUAUUCCGAAAUGACUGCUUUGAAGGACCAAUUUUUUCGUUGGUAAUUUGUCAAUUUUCAACUUUUUUCUUAACAUUACAGCUGCAACAAAUGCAAUUUAAUCGUUUCAUGAUUUCUAGAUGCAAUUCUUUGAGCGUCCGCCGACUAAAUUUAGACCAUAGCAUAUAUCCCCCUGACACAGCAUAUGUCAUUAAUAAAGUAGAAAAAGGGACACCAAGACCUUCUUCGAAGAUCCUUUAUUAACAUCCCAUAAACAGAGCCCAUAAACGAUAAGCGUAAAGCUAUAGGAUCAUUAAAUCUGUUACUUCUAAUGUAUAAAGUGUCAACUUAUGUUUGAUGCAAAGUAUUUUACUUCAUCAAACUAAAAUUAGUAAACAUUUUGCUAUAAUAUCUCAUUAACCAGAGUUCAUUGCUUUUUUUAUCGUUGGCGUCGAUAACAGAUGACUCAAACGUAGAUCUUCUUAAUUUUUGGGUUCAAAUUGCAGUCUUGGGUAGACUUAGUCUCAUCAAAAAAUUGAUUUGUUUUUCUACUAAUACGCAAAAAGUGUAAAAAUAUCACAGCGAAUAUAAUUAAGUUAAAGUUAAAAAAACAUUUCUGAAUUAUAAUGUCUGUACUUGCCGCAAAGCUUCACACGUACCUGCGUUUUUCAGUAACUUUUUUCUUUUAUUUUGUUUUUAAAAUUUUAUCAAAAUUUUCCAAUUUAUAUUACCGGUAACGGUAUAUUAGUGAAGGUUAUUAUUAACAUGUACAUGAGACUAAAUAUUAAAUCGAUAGACUUAAGAUUGAAUAACCUUAAGCCAAAGUUAUCAACGGCAAUCAUUAAUUUUAAAUUAUUCUGGAUAUGGUCU